UGUAUUGUUUUUUUGGGGGGCGUGACAUUGAAGUGUCAACAAGGAAGUGUCAGAUUUUGAAUAGGGACAAUUGUUAAUUAAUUUAAUUGUAAGCGAGUAACGGAAGGUGAUGGUUCCAGGAUGAACAUUAUAGAAGAGCGGACUUUUGAAAUUACCAGCAAAUUGGAGAAGGAAAAGGCCAAUUUGUCAUUGUUGACAGAAAGGUUGCAAAAAAGCUCACAAAUAACGAAGGGCAUUGACACUAUUUUGAACACUUUUGAGGAGAGAUUAUCGAGGUUACAAGACACCAUUUUACCAGUUUACAAUGAUACGGAGAAUCUACAAAAGUCGCAACAAAAUAUUGAUCGCACCCUCGUCUUAUUAGACAACGUUAUUAGCUAUUAUAAUGUAUCCAGUGAGGUAGAAAGUGUUAUUGAAAAAGGACCAGGUGAAGGAGGAAUUGAAUUAGAGGAAUAUCUUCACUCAUUGAACAGAUUAGCGAAGGCACAGAAUUACUUUAUAAAACAAAAUCCUCAAAGCGUGGAACUGGAGAAUGUUAGAACGUUGUUUGAUAAAGGUAGUGACAAACUUAACUCCGAAUUCAAGACAAUUUUGGACAAAUACAACACCCCCAUGCUGCCUGUGGUACUCCUGGACCUCAUCAAUUUUGAUGAUACAGGUACCAAAGACAGCAAAACUCCCCCAGUUCAAAUUCCGGAACACAGCAAAGCCUACUUAAUCAAAAUCGCCACUUGGCUUCUGGACAACAACAGAGACGAAUAUUUGACAGUUUACGGUAAAGUCAGAGGUGCCGUUUUGCAACGUUCGUUAACGAUGUUGAGAAACCACCAAAAAUCGGUCAGCGGGGGAAGUGUCCACGGCGUCGCCAGUUCUCCAAUGCUGCGCCCCAAAUUCCAAAACCGGCACGAAGCCACCCGAAAACCGUCAACCAGACGAUUACAUCAUGCCUUGGAACGUAAAGCAAACAGGAUGUUCUUGAAGGCGUCACAAACUUUCGAACACUCAACUGGAUUAAAUUUAGGGACACGAAGAGCGUCAUCUCAUUUAGAUCCGUCGUACAAUGGCGAAGAAUACGACAACGAACAAGAAAUGGAAAACUACCUAAUUUGUGUGGUAGCCCUGCACAAACUAAUGCAAAUUGAACAAUCUCUAAUCAAAGGGAUAAUAGCCCCCACCCACCAACCCCGAGUUUUCGAACUCAUCGUAAGGGAGGCCAUGGACACCAUAGUCCAAGAUGGCGAGAAUAUCGUGUCACGUGCGAAAAAAUGCAUCAGCCGUCACGAUUUUGGUACCGUUCUUGUGGUUUUCCCCAUUUUAAAACAGUUACGGGCGUUGAAACCCGAAUUUGAACGUACGGUCGAAGAGUGCGAUUUAAACGUAAAAGCCAAGUUUGACGCCAUAUUGGGGAUGCUACAUUCAACGGGUUCAAAAGCUUUGGAGGAUUUUAUUGAGAGUUUGAGGUCAGAUUCUGUGACUCAGUUGCCCAGCGAUGGCACAGUCCACGAGCUUACGAGCAAUGUUAUUAUGUUUUUGGAGCAAUUGUUGGAUUAUACGGAUACUAUAGGGAUAGUUUUGGCGCAGGAUGCGAAUUAUGCGAAACAGUUGGAGCGGUUGAAGGCGUCUGAUCAUAAUAAGGCGUUGCUUGGGUUAUAUAUAAGUAUUUGGUUGGAGCGGUGGAAUGGCCUUAAGUUGAUUGAAACAUUUUUAGAAAAAGUUUUGGUUCAAUUAAAUCACACUCUUCUUAGUAAGAGUGAACAGUAUGGAGAUGCGGCUCUAAAGGCUAUUUUCAGACUCAACAAUAACAAUUAUGUUUUGAAAUCACUACAAAGGAGUUCGCUUUUGGAGUUAUAUCUUAUUUCAGAACCAAAAUGUGAAGAAUAUUACUAUAAUUCCAUUCAGGAGCAUAAAAAGGCUUAUUCUCAGAGUUGGGGCAAACUUUUAAACUAUAUUUGGUGUGACGAUUCCCCCAUUAAUUUACUCCAUGGUGACAAACUUAGGGAUAAAGAUAGAGCUAUAAUUAAGGAGAAAUUCGCAGGCUUCAAUAAAGAAAUUGAAGACAUCGCUAAGGUUCAAAGGGGUUACUCAAUACCAGAUGUAGAACUUCGAGAGAGUAUAAAAAGAGACAAUAAGGAGCUAGUUAUACCUAAAUACAACGCCUUCUAUAACAUGUAUGCUGGUGUACAGUUCACGAAGAACCCAGAGAAGUACAUAAAACACAAACCAGACGAGGUGUCUGCCGUUAUUGAUCGAUUUUUCGACGUAGCAGCUUAAGUGUGCGCUAAUUUAAGUCAAAAUAAAGGUUUAAAGUAC